CUACCUGUUUUUGUUGAAAGUCACGUAGCUCUGCGGCAUUCGAGGAGCUCUUCAACCGAGCAGAAGGCACUAAAGUCUCGCAGUGACCUGCAGCAGCUCCCGACAAGCAGACAGCCUGAAGGAAGAAGUUACUGCGCUUCACACUUGUACUGCACCGCUCCACCCUCUCUGAAGAUGCCGCACCAAUACCCAGCCCUGAGCCCCGAGCAGAAGAAGGAGCUGGCGGACAUCGCCCAGCAAAUCAUCGCUCCUGGCAAGGGCAUCCUUGCCGCCGAUGAGUCCGUGGGGAGCAUGGCGAAGCGUUUCAACCAGAUCGGCGUGGAGAACACAGAGGAGAACCGCCGUCUGUACCGCCAGCUGCUCUUCAGCGCCGACGAGAGAAUCAACAGCUGCAUCGGUGGAGUGAUCUUCUUCCACGAGACGCUGUACCAGAGCAACGACGACGGGGUCUCCUUCGUCCAGAUAAUCAAGGACAAGGGCAUCCUCGUGGGCAUCAAGGUUGACAAGGGUGUUGUCCCUCUGGCAGGAACCAAUGGAGAGACCACAACCCAGGGUCUGGACGGUCUGUCUGAGCGCUGUGCCCAGUACAAGAAGGACGGGGCUGACUUUGCAAAGUGGCGCUGUGUUCUGAAGAUUAGCGAGACCACACCCUCCGAGCUCUCCAUCCUGGAGAACGCCAACGUCCUGGCGCGCUACGCCAGCAUCUGCCAGCAGAAUGGAAUUGUUCCCAUCGUGGAGCCGGAGAUCCUCCCUGACGGAGAGCAUGACCUAAAGCGCUGCCAGUACAUCACUGAGAAGGUCCUGGCCGCAGUGUACAAGGCUCUAAGUGACCACCACGUCUACCUGGAGGGCACGCUGCUGAAGCCCAACAUGGUCACCGCCGGCCACGCCUGCCCAUCCAAGUACACGGCCGAGGAGAUCGCCAUGGCAACCGUCACAGCCCUGCGUCGCACUGUCCCCCCUGCUGUUGCCGGCGUCACCUUCCUGUCGGGCGGGCAGAGCGAGGAGGAGGCCUCCCUCAACCUGAGCGCCAUGAACAACUGCCCGCUGGGGCGGCCCUGGGCCCUGACCUUCUCGUACGGACGCGCCCUGCAGGCCUCCGCGCUCAACGCCUGGCGCGGCCAGAAGGAGAAUGAGAGCGCCGCCACAGAGGAGUUCAUCAAGCGCGCCGAGGUGAACAGCUUGGCGGCGCUGGGCAAGUACGAGGCCAGCGGAGACGGGAGCGGAGCCGCCUCCCAGUCCCUCUACGUGGCCAAUCACGCCUACUGAGCACCGGGCGCCGCCCACAUUCCAGCUUCAAGCCCACCAAUAGGAUCUUCCACUGCUGCUACCUUCCAUGUCACCAACCUAUCACAGGCCUGCGCUUUCUUCUGUACUUUAGGAGUAAUAUAAAAAAUAAAAGAUUCUAAUAAUAAAUGGCUUCUUGGAAGAGCGAAUGGAGCAUAAAAGCUGAAACGUGUGCGUGUGUGUGUGUGUGUGCGUGUGUGUGUGUGUGCUGUUGAGAGUGUUGCAGGUACAAAGUGAGGAGCUCUUCAGUGUGUGAAGGGAGAAGGGGAGCAGGCAGGUUUGUAAUAAAAAGAGCCAGUAUCUGAGACUGCAAGAAACAGGAAAAAGAGCCUUUUGAAGCCUGUUUGUUAGACCCUCGGACUGAGAGAUGAAACCAGCCUUCACACAAGAAUGACGUCAGUCCCGUUCAGUGUUGUGUCUGUCAUCCUUUUUCAUUUAGUUGGCAAAAUCUAGAACCGCAUUAUCCCGUCUCCUCUGAAACACGCGGAGAACGCAACAGUAGAAACGGUGGCCACACAGCCUAGCCUGGGUACUGUUGGGCUUAAGUCAAAGGGAUAUAGAAUACCGAAUGCCUGUCUGUCUGUCUGUCUGUCUGUGUGUGUGUCUGUCUGUCUGGUUGCAUUCCACUGUGACAGCUCUGAGGGGAUAAGGUAGCUCUAUCUACCACACUAGUGUCUCUCUGUUCCAAACCUAACUGGGCAUGUGCGUUGAAGUCAGAUUUAUUUUAAGAAAAAAAAAAACUAAAAAAACUUGCACCUGUGUGUGAAAAUGUUGAUUUAAUCAUGCUGCUUGUGUGUCUUUCCCCCUCCUCCCCUCCUGUGAUGCACAGUGGUACAGGCUCUGUGUGAUAAUCUAUUGUGUGUGUGUGAUGGAACGCUACACAGCGGCUCAGAUUUUAGGGGAACAGUAACUGCUGCGUGGGGGAGGGGAGAUAAAGUAUUUUUGUGAUAGUAGUGUUGUUAUCUAUGCACCUGAUGUACCAAAUAGUGAAGAGAAAUUAAACGUGUAGAACCAAACGCUAA